GCCAAUGGGAGGACAAUCUCGGUGUCGUGACGAAAAAAGCCGACAAUCGAUAGCAAUGAGUUUAUUUACUGUUGUGAAUAACAACAGCAAUGGCACAGCUGGAGAAAGCGUUGUUGAAACUUCUGAGAAGAAUGAAAAUGAUAGGGAAGUUUCGUCUGAUGCAGCUUGUUCAGAGCAGGAACAAGUGAUUUUAUCUGUUUAUUGGAAAAAUGGAAAACUAGGCGCAGUGGCCUAUUCCAUCAAUCAAUCCGAGGUUCACGUUCUGUAUGACAUAAUUGAUGUCAAUCCUGAAUUCAGAUUGUUGCAUUCUCUUUUCCUGCAAGUUCAGCCCUGGAAAGUGGUGACUUGCUGCGCACUUUCAGAAAUAUUUCUGAAGACGGUGAAAAAUUUGGCCACAGGCGAAAUAAUUGAUAAUGAGCAUGACACUGAAAGUUCGGCUACUUCUGAUGUAAAUCCUGAUACGAAAGUGGUUCAUUUACUUUCUGGAAAAAAAUUCAAUGUUGAGACGGCGCGCCACCUGAUCUACGGCCUGCGACUGCCGGGCGAGCCGGACUCGGCGAGCGAAGAGGACCGCCGCAACCACAUCCAGUCGCAGUUCAGCCUCUCCAACAACACCUCGUUUGUGGCCGCCUUCGGGGGCCUGCUCAACUUCCUCGGCAAGUCGCUCGGUCGAGUCAACACCAACACCUCGAUCAAUCCUAUUCAAGCUAUCAACGUGCUCUCGCUAAACAAUCUGGUGUGGGUUGACAAUGACUCGUUGCGCGCACUGCAAGUGUUCUCGGGCAUGCGCCAUCCCUCACCCUACAAGUGGAGUGAGUGCAGCAACAAGGAGGGAGUCAGCAUACUGUCUCUCUUCAAUCGAUGCUACUCGUCUCUCGGAUCCAGACGUAUGAGGGCGCUACUCAGUCAACCAACACAAGACCUCGCAUUAAUCAAAGAGCGGCAAGAUGUGAUAGAGUUUUUCGUGGAUAACUCAAACAGUCAAGUAGUUGAAAAGUUGUCCAACUACAUUGUUAAUAUCCGUAGUGUCACGGACAUGCUGAGGCUCAUGACAAAUGGCCGACAAUCUAUGAGCCAAUGGAAGUCAUUCUAUAAGACUCUUUACUAUUCGAUUUUAGUGGCCGAACUCUGCAAAGAACAUGCUGAUCACUUACUGUUUUUUUCCAAGAUUGCUGGAUACCUUUGUGACCCUUUGUAUAUUAUGGGCCAUUGUAUCUAUAGUAUUAUAGAUUUCGAUGCAUCAGCAGAUCAGAAACGGUUUUGCGUGUACAAGGGAGUUUGCGAGAGUCUGGAUCAGUUGAAAGAAGAAUACAGACGCCUGCCAGACAUGCUGAGUGAACUGUUGCAACUGGACAUUCAGGACUUGCCAGCUUCGAUCAAGUCCUACUACAUGAUGUAUGUGCCCGAGGUGGGCUACUUGCUGGCUGUCAAUGAAUGGAAUGACCACGUGACCGACGAGAGCAUCAAACAUAUUCCAGGACUCAAAUUUCAAAUGUCCAAUCAGUGCUCAGUAACCGUCAUAACAAAGAACGUAAAAUUCAAAGAACUGAUUGAAUGGAAACGUUACCUGUGCAAGUGCAUUGCGCUGCUGUGUAAGGUCAAUAUGGUUUUGUCUAACAACAGGACAGAACUAGACGAGAAGCUUGGUGACAUGUGGGUGAAAAUAGUUGAACAGGAGUCAAAAAUAAUGUUGCAAGUUCUUCAGUUCAUUAAAAAAAAUAACAAGCCGUUGUUAGCUAUGUUGGAGCCAAUCAGUGAACUAGAUUGUUUGAUUGCAAUGGCGCAAGUGGCCAAGCAGAAUGGCUACUGCCGACCUGAGUUGAUUGACAGUGAGGAUCAGCUGAUCGAGAUUGUUGACGGCAGACAUCCGUUGCAAGAGAUGUACGUGGACAACUUCAUCUGCAACGACACAUCGUCAAGUAGAGAGGCCGGCCUUGUCAAGAUCAUCAUGGGGCCCAACAGUAGUGGCAAAAGUGUCUAUCUCAAACAGGUUGCUUUGAUAGCUUACCUGGCUCACACAGGCAGCUUUGUGCCGGCCACCUCAGCUCGCAUCGGCAUACUCGACCAGAUUCACACUCGCAUUCAAACAACCGAAUCAGUCUCAACGCAGCUGUCCGCUUUUCUCAUCGACAUAAGACAGAUGACACUGUCUAUAUUCAACUCGACCAAUCGCUCGCUGCUGGUCGUGGACGAAUUCGGCCGAGGCACGGCCGAACUGGACGGCCUGGCGAUGGCGGCCGCCUUUGUCCGCCAUUUUGUGUGGCGUGGCCCCGCCCACUGUCCCCACCUCCUCGUCUCCACCCACUCGCAAUCGCUGCCAGAUCUCCUGCUGCCGCACCCUCAUGCCAACAUACUCACUUUGCUGACCACUGAUUAUCUGAUUGAAAAUGACGAACUUGUGUACCUGUAUAAAAUCAAGAAAGGCACCAUAAAAUCCAGUCUAGCGAUCAAGUACGUUGUAGCUGACUUCUCUCCUGCUUUAGCCGAACGAGCAUUAGAGGUGUACGAAAAGUUUAAUCCCAAGGAAGCAAUCGAAUCUUCAAAUAUGAACGAUAACAUGAAGAUGAUCCUGGAAAGGCACUCACUUGGCUGGAUCGGCAUUCCUCAACGAUUUCAGUUCCUGAACGGACAGUUCCUUCGAAUCUCGUUCCAAUUCACCGGCUCAUCGUUGAGUCACACUUCAAUAAUUUGUCGCAAUUGCAGUGUGGUGCAAGCAAUAAAGUGCAUCAACUUGUCAAAUUCUCUGUGCAGCGGUUGAAAUUAUUGGAUAGAGAUGGCUCUUGAAUUGUCGACCGAGGAUAAACUUGAAUACCAAUUCAACGAGGUGUCAGGUGGAUCGCUGCACUUCAAAGUGAAAGCAGCCAACGAUGCCCACAUCGCCCUCACGACGGGACCCUCCGAAAGUGAGCCCAUCUAUGAAAUCUUCAUCGGCGGCUGGUCGAACGCAAAGUCAGCAAUCCGCAAGAACAAGGCGAAGCCAGACGCGGCGUUGGUAGAGACGCCGAACAUCCUGAAUGCGGACGAGUCGCUGGGCUUCUGGUUGCGCUGGAACGGCGGUGCGAUCGCGGUGGGUCGCCAGGGUGAGGCUGAGCCCUUCAUCAGCUGGGAGGACCCCGAACCAUUCGUUGUCACCCACUACGGUGUAUGCACCGGAUGGGGAGCCACUGGCGAAUGGGUUAUUGACG